AUGCCGCGAGGUAUCUCCGUCUCAGCCGAUCUCCGACAUCUACUUUACAAUGCCAAAUAUUCAGACAUAAGCGUCGUAUGCUCUGAUGGCGAGCUACCAGCCAUCCGUUCCAUCCUCGCAGCACGGUCCGAAGUGCUCGACAAUCAACUUUACUCAACAUCCACGCCGGCAUCCACCGUAUCGUUCCCGAACAUAAAAAUCUCUGCCAUGAAAGCGAUCCUAGAGUUUUUGUAUACGGGCGCAAUUGGCGAUAACGUGCUGACAAUCGACAAUGCGGUCGAGACGUACCACGCGGCCGAUUGCUUUCAACUGACUCCAUUGAAAGACGAUAUCGUGUUGUACGUUCGGGAAACCCUAAAAGACUCUCAUAUCGAUUUGGCUGCCAGGCUAUUGUCGGAAGCGGCAGAGAAGAUGCAGUCUAAAUUUGAUAAUCCUCUCUUCAAACUGCUUGCGAAGCGUGUGGCGGCGACCCCACUUCAUUCGAUUCGAUACGACAGGCUCAAUUCGGAAGCGCUGCAAGUCCUAUUGUCUCAAACUUUGGACAAAAAGGAUGAAUUCUUUGCCACACCCGAAUACGGCGUUGUCAGAUAUGUGGUCUUGUGGUCGGCUAAUAAAGUUUCUCCCAAGGCGUUGAAAUUUUAUGAUACGCAACUUCCGACUACGGAAUCCAUUGAGAGUAGUAUUCCCAAGGAAGCGUUGACUGAAUCUGCAUUGUGUGACCCCGGAUACACGGAAUCCAAAGACGAGAUGACAAAAUUGGUAACGCCGAUUGCCAAGAACAUAGACUUGAGCUUGCUCCAUCCGGACGUUAUUGCCAAUAUCAUUGAGCCGUUGGAUAUCUUUCCCGCGCGUAAACUGCUCGAAGCUUAUCGUUUCCAUUCGACGAACAAGACGUUUAGUAACGAUCGUCGUGGAUUGCCGCCAUUCCGCUGGGAUCGUUCAUUCUGCGGUAAUGGUCUUGUGUUUAGUGAAAGUGAUACCGUUGUUUCUGCGCCGCCCGCCGUGACAUUGCAUCAAUCUGUCCGGGCGGUAAAUUGUUUUUCUAGUCCUAGAGUGUAUGAAUGGGAUGUCAUUAUUGAAGAAACCUGUGGAUGGGCUUGGGUAGGUGUAGCUGACCCUAACGAGACACAGCUCGAUUAUCAAAUAUUUCUUGGAGGACAGAACGGUUCGUGGAUGUUGGGAAGUAAUGGAGCGUCUUAUCAUCACAAGGUGAGUAAACAGCAUGUAGUACCAGCUUUUGAAUCGGACGGAACGACAGUCACUGUACACUUGGAUAUGAGAAGGAAAACUAUGGCUUUUUCGAUUGACGGGACAAGGCAUCCAGAUGCCUUUACAGAUUUGCCAGAUAAAGUACAUCCCGCAGUAUCACUAGUUUCGAAGGGGAGAUUUAAGAUUUUGCCGCACAUGUAA